GGAGUUCAAUGAGUGUCGGAUUUGGUAAACAGAACAUUUAAUGGCCUAUUUGCUACGUGAGGUUUAUUUGAUCGAGUAGAAGUUUCGUAAUGCUUAAAUUGUUACGAGUGUGCUGAUACAAGUAGGACACGUGACAUCUCGGCAACUUUGAGAAAAUAUCGGAGUUGUCGAUAUGGCUAUGCAUAUUCAUGACAUGAGGCUAGUAACAUACCAUUAAAUACAGGUGGUUGAUGUCAACAACCAUCUUCAGAUAUUCAAAUAUUGAUUAAAAUAAUGAGAUAUCCACCACUCCAUAGAAAGUAUAUUCGGGAGCUAGACAGCACGCUUCGUAGACAACAACUCCCAUUGUUAGGGCGGAGAGUAGCUUGCCAGUAUAUCCAUCAUCGUUGGCUGAACGAACCAGAGGGGGUUUUAUGACUACAAACUGGCGAGCUCAAUGUGUAUGGGUGUGAGCGGAAACCGGAGUCAUAGCAGCUGACAUGUUUUAGCAAGAUCUCCGAGCAGGCAAACAGCACGAUGAUGAUUACCAUUACUGGGGCGUCAUAUGUGUUUUUGGAGGAUGGGAUAUGCUGCUGUUAGGCUAUAGUAAAUAGUAGGAUACGGUCACUCAGUCCACAACUGCAGCUCUUGUAACAAAGUAUCAUGGCAAACAGCACUGUUAAGUGAGCAAUUGACAGAGUAGACUAUUAGAUCGACUGGUAUAUCGUGACCUUUUUAACAAGUGGUUGUAGAAAGAGCGCGUAGGAGGUGGGGAAAGGAGUCGUGCGCAAAUUUCCUUUGCGGAUCAUAUUUUCACCAUAUUGCAACAACAUGGAGUCGCAGACACAGUACACCCGAGAAGAGAUCAACAGCACGAUUUGGGAAGUGCCAGAGAAGUACACGCGAUUGAAGCAAAUUGGGACAGGGGCGUACGGUUCCGUAUGCUCGGUAAUAAAUGUGAAGACCAAUGAGAAAGUGGCCAUUAAGAAGCUUCACCGGCCCUUCCAGUCUGAGAUUUUUGCAAAGAGGGCUUAUCGGGAGCUUCGACUGCUCAAGCACAUGAAACAUGAAAAUGUGAUAGGGCUUCUGGAUGUGUUUACUCCUGCUGCUGGGCUCGAUGAAUUCACAGAUUUCUACCUGGUGAUGCCUUACAUGUUCACCGACCUCUCCAAAGUCAAAGGGCUUCUCACUGAAGACCGAGUGCAGUUCCUUGUCUAUCAGAUGCUGUGUGGACUAAGGUACAUUCACAAAGCUGGCAUCAUCCACAGGGACCUGAAACCUGGUAACUUGGCUGUCAAUCAAGACUGUGAAUUAAAGAUCCUGGACUUUGGUCUUGCUCGCCAUGCCGAGGCGGAGAUGACAGGCUAUGUUGUGACCCGCUGGUACCGGGCACCAGAGGUCAUUUUAAAUUGGAUGCACUACACCCAGACUGUGGACAUCUGGUCUGUGGGCUGUAUCAUGGGAGAGAUGAUCAAUGGGAAGACGCUUUUCAAAGGGAAAGACUACAUGGAUCAGCUGACUCAGAUCAUGAAAGUAACUGGAGUACCCGGACCUGACUUCGUUCAGAAACUGGACUCUCAGGAGGCAAAAAACUAUGUGCGGUCCCUCCCUCACUUUCCCAGAAAAGACUUCUCUAAGUUGUUCCCCAGAGCAAGUGCACAGGCGAUUGACCUUCUUGAGAAAAUGCUGGUUUUGGAUGGUGAGACUCGGCUUACUGCUGAGAGUGCUCUGACACACCCGUAUUUUGAUGGCUUGAGAGAUCCAGAGGACUGUCCUGAGCCACAGCCAUAUGAUGACAGUCACGACAAUGCCACGCUGCCUCUGGAGGAUUGGAGGCGGUUAUCCUUCAAAGAGGUGAAGAGCUUUGUGCCAUUCCCACGACGGGACUCCAAGAGGCGAAACACACUCACAAUUUCUCCGUGAUUCCAUGCUUGUGAUAUCAGAAACACUGCUACCACACACCAGCAAACGGCAGUAGGCCUUACUACACCAUGUUGCCCCUGAAACAAUCCUGUGAUAAUUAUUUUCUAAAUGAAGCCUGUGGUUGAAUUUCGUAUUGGGGAGUAUUGAGCUACAUUGUGCCGUCUGUCUCUUUUGGCCUAAUUUGUAAUGGUCGAUCAGUGUUUCAGCAGUCAGAUUGUUUCAAAUUUAACCCCACCCAUCAGUGAAUUAGUACUUUGUUCCCUCUACGUAUCACAAUUGUUCAUGUUUUAUCAUACCUGAUGUUUAAUGGUCUUACUGUAUGGUUUUCUUUCUCUGAUAAUUGAUAUAUUAAAUAUGAGUUAAAUGUAAUGUACAGUUGAAGUCAGAAGUUUACAUACACCUUCGCCAAAUACAUUUAAACUUAGUAAAAAUUCCCUGUCUUAGGUCAGUUAGGAUCACCACUUUAUUUUAAGAAUGUGAAAUGUCAGAAUAAGAGUAGAGUGAUUUAUUUCAGCUUUUAUUUCUUUCAUCACAUUCCCAGUGGGUCAGAAGUUUACAUACACUCAAUUAGUAUUUGGUAGCAUUGCCUUUAAAUUGUUUCACUUGGGUCAAGCGUUUCAGGUAGCCUUCCACAAGCUUCCCACAAUAAGUUGGGUGAAUUGUGGCCCAUUCCUCCUGACAGAGCUGGUGUAACUGAGUCAUGUUUGUAGGCCUCCUCGCUCGCACAUGCUUUUCCAGUUCUGCCCACACAUUUUCUAUAGGAUUGAGGUCAGGGCUUUGUGAUGGCCACUCCAAUACCUGGACUUUGUUGUCCUUCAGCCAUUUUGCCACAACUUUGGAAGUAUGCUUGGGGUCAUUGUCCAUUUGGAAGACCCAUUUGCGACCAAGCUUUAACUUCCUGACUGAUUGAUGUCUUGAGAUGUUGCUUCAAUAUAUCCACAUAAUUUUCCUCAUGAUGCCAUCUUUUUUGUGAAGCAUGCUGCCACCCCUGUGCUUCACGGUUGGGAUGGUGUUCUUCAGCUUGCAAGCCUCCCCCUUUUUCCUCCAAACAUAACGAUGGUUAUUAUGGCCAAAUAGUUACUUUUUUGUUUCAUCAGACCAGAGGACAUUUUUCCAAAAAGCACGAUCUUUGUCCCCAUGUGCAGUUGCAAACUGUAGUCUGGCUUUUUUUAUGGUGGUUUUGGAACAGUGGCUUCUUCCUUGCUGAGCGGCCUUUCAGAUUAUGUCGAUACAUGACUCGUUUUACUUUGGAUAUUGAUACUUUUGUACCUGUUUCCUCCAGCAUCUUCGCAAAGGCCUUUGCUGUUGUUCUGGGAUUGAUUUGAACUUUUCGCACCAAAGAACGUUAAUCUCUAGGAGACAGAACGUGUCUCUUUCCUGAGCGGUCCCAUGGUGUUUAUACUUGCGUACUAUUGUUUUUACAGAUGAACAUGGUACCUUCAGGCGUUUGGAAAUUACUCCCAAGGAUGAACCAGUCUACAAUUUAUUUUCUGAGGUCAUGGCUGAUUUCUUUUUGAUUUUCUCAUGAUGUCAAGCAAAGAGGCACUGAGUUUGAAGGUAGGCCUUGAAAUACAUCAACAGGUACACUUCCAAUUGACUCAAAUGAUGUCAAUUAGCCUAUCAGAAGCUUCUAAAGCCAUGACAUCAUUUUCUGGAAUUUUCCAAGCUGUUUAAAGGCACAGUCAACUUAGUGUAUGUAAACUUCUGACCCACUGGAAUUGUUAUACAGUGAAUUAUAAGUGAAAUAAUAUCUGUAAACAAUUGUUGGAAAAAUUACUUGUCAUGCACUAAGUAGAUGUCAUAACUGACUUGCCAAAACUAUAGUUUGUUCACAAGAAAUGUGUGGAGUGGUUGAAAAAUGAGUUUUAAUGACUCCAACCUAAGUAUAUGUAAACUUCUGACUUCAACUCUAUGUGAUAGGGACUUUUUUCUCAAUAAAUGGCCAAUUAUUCAUACAUCCUUA